AUGCAAUGCCUUGGAGUCCUCCACACGGAUGCGAGUAUUGGAUUACACGGAAGUGGCAGAUGCGAAGGUCGAGGUCGCCGCCGUGAUCGAGAGCUGCGGGUGUUUGUGGGGGGGAGGAAGAGGAGGAGGGAGAGGAAAGGGAAAAGAGUCUCGACGCUUGGGAGGAUUUGGUGGUAUGCACCACAUGGUUGGGGUUGCGGCGGGACUGGCGAAUGGGCAUCACUUGCGGGAGGCAAAGCCCCUCCAGCCGAGCCGAUUUUCUCGACGGAGGGCAGAGCAGCUUCAGACCAGGACCCAGAAUUUUACAUCUGGGGAUCGCGAAACUCUCGCCUAUUAUUCACUUCACUUGCUACAUUUGUCUACGUAACAUCUGCUGGCCGAUCGGACGAACAACCCAAUCUAUGCUCGACCCGUAUCGUUUCCAUCUCGUCGUUGAUUGUGUUCUGGCAUUAUUCGACGGACGGCUUUUCCAUUCUUCCAUCAGCAAUCGCGGGGGGCCGGCCUGUAUCAGCACCAGCAGCAACGUCCAUGGCCACCGCCCUGGCCGAAGGCAAGCCGAGCCAGCUGGACUCGCACCGCAUCUGCCAAAUUGCGGAGAACGCCUGCCAAGACGGUUUGACUCUUGAGCGUCAAACGAGAGACGUUGUUGGGGGUGAGGCCACCUGCAGCCUCUGA